UUCCAUCUUCUCUGCUCAAGACUUCUCUUCACCAUUCCCAUUUUCCCGUUCUUUGCUUCUGAUUGAAUCUAGAUAUUGAUUUAAGCUAUGGAUGUCAAUCGGAAAGCUCACCCGGAUUGUCGAUAUUCUUCGAAUCCUUUCCAUGAAUGUGCUUCAGAUUGUUUAGAGAAGAUUUCUCAAGGCCGUGGAAAUAAGCAUUCAAAGAAGCAAGGUGCAAAGAUUCUUAGCCUCCCGGGGAGUUUUGGUAAGAAAAAGACGGAGUCACAGCCACGGUCACCUUUGAAUACAAGGAACUAUCAGAACGGUGCUGCUAAUUCCCCAAAGAUUCAUCAAUCAAGACCUUCACCAGUAGCUGUCAAGAAGACGACGGUUCCAGAAGCGAACAAAUCUUUCCCCUCUCUAUCACCUGAUGAAAUCUCUAUUGACCUCAACGGUCAGCAUGAUUCUUUCAACCAUAAGGCAGAGAAGCCAUCGCGAACUGUUCCUCUAUCCCCAAACAGAAUGGCUGAUGGUGGCAAACCUGUAUCACCACGACCUCGAGGGCAUGACCACAGUGGCAAGAAUGAAACAGCCAGUGAGAUUAGUGUGUUUAAUGUUGUAAGCCCUCCAAGAUCAUGUGCCAAUGAUGAUGAUGAUGAUGAUGAUGAUGAAAACAAUGAUUAUGAGGAGGGAGUGGAGCUAGACCUUAUAUCAGUAAUGUCGGACUCGUGUGUUUCUGUUGGAAAAUACCGUGUGAACUCAAGUGUUUCCACAAUCCUACAGUCAAUCAUCGACAAACACGGAGACAUAGCUGCAAACUGCAAGCUAGAAUCAGCAUCAAUGCGAUCCCGAUACCUAGAGUGCCUAUGCUCAUUGAUGCAAGAACUUGGAUCAACCCCGGUCGGGCAGUUGACCGAACUAAAAGUAAAAGAGAUGGUCGCGGUUCUCAAGGACUUGGAGUCUGUGAACAUCGACGUUGGCUGGAUGCGUUCGGUUCUUGAAGAGUUUGCUCAGUAUCAAGAGAACAAAGACUCAGAGAAAGAGAGGCAAGAAGGAUUGGUGAGGUCUAAGAAACAAGAAAUGGAGAUUCAAGAAGCUGAUUUGGCUCGGAUUGAGAAGGAAGUAGCGGAAGCGAGGUUGAGGGUCGAGGAGAUGAAAGCAGAGCUGGCUGAGCUCGAGACAGAGCGGUUGCGGAUGGAGGAGAUGGGAUUUAAGGUCGAGAAAUAUAAAGGGAAGUCAUUUCUUGAUGAACUUCUGUGAUGUUUGUUAAUAUAUAAGUAAAAACAAA